GAUUGCUGUUAACCAAUCCUGCGUGAUUAACGCUAUCUUGAUAUCUUCGUAUGAUCGAGCACAACCGCCGCUGUUUGCAUAAAGUUCCUCAUUUAUUUAAAAAUUAGAAAUUCUAGUGCUAGUCAAGAAGUUGCUCGUGUAACAAUGGAGAAAAUACUGGUCGAGCCUCGAGAUGGGACCGUAGCGUCAUGCUUAUCUAACCUUCUUCAAACGAGUGCCGAUGAUGCACUCGCCAGUGGCGAUACAUUUAAAGUCGGUUUGUCAGGGGGGUCUUUGGUACAAUUGUUGGCUCAAUGUUUGCCUAAUAUUACUACUGAUUGGAGUAAAUGGUAUUUCUUCUUCUGUGAUGAAAGAGUUGUUCCUUUUGAUAGCAAUGAUUCUACCUAUGGAGAGUAUAAGUUGAAGUUAAUUGGAAAAAUACCAGUAACUGAAGAGCAAUUUAUAAAAAUCGAUCCCGACUUGUCUGCCGAAGAUGCUGCAAAAGAUUAUAUUAAGAAGAUGUCUGUGUUUUUUCCACCUGAUCGUGUUCCGUGUUUUGAUGUACUUCUGUUAGGACUGGGUCCAGAUGGGCAUACAUGUUCUCUCUUCCCUGAUCAUAAACUUUUGAAUGAAGCAAGCUUAUGGGUCUGUCCUAUCAAUGAUUCACCCAAGCCACCUCCAUCUCGUAUUACUCUUACUCUUCCUGUAAUAAAUAAUGCAAAGAAAUGCAUAUUUGCUAUCACUGGAUCAGGCAAGGCUGAAAUUGUGAAGAGAGUUUUGCAAGAUAGAGAAAAUUUACCAGCUGCUCGUGUUCAACCACACAACGGAGAAUUGUAUUGGAUCCUAGACGAAGGUGCUGCAAAGUUUGUAGAGAGAGCGUAAAUAGCAUUCCGUGAGAUUAACUAUGACAUUCUGUGUUAACAUCAAUUCCUAAUGCUCAACAAAUUUCUUGAGCUUACUUUUAUAGUAUAUAUAUAUAUAUACAUCUUACUUAAGAUACCUUACA